AUGCGAAUGAGGGCAAAAUUUGGUGAUGUAGGCUUUCGGCAAAGAUCUUCUUCCGAUUGGACCGAUCCAAAAGUCCUUUCGGAAUAUCUUCAGCUUGCUUUUAAUGCUCUGAUAGUAUCUGGCAUCUUAUACCUAUGCGUGAGGUUUAUUCAGCUCAUAAACCGGGAUGUAGACAGAAAAAUGCUCUUGCAAGCAGCAGGAGCGGCGCGAACUAUUCAGGAAUGCAGGGCCAAAUACAUCAAAAAUCGAUGUGAACCAGAGUCAAGGGCUCCAUGGCUGGAAUCACAGUGUCUAUAUUGGUCUAGAUGCAUGAAUCAGGAAAUCCCAGAGUCCACUGACCCGCAACAUUCUGCUGUAGUGUGGGCGGAGACUUUGGCCGAGAUAAUCAAUGGGUUUCUCAGGCCUAUAAGCGCUAAGUCGCUAUCCAUUUUGUUAAUUGGUUCUUGCGCAAUCAUUAUCGUCUCAAACAUGGCAUUCAAAAGCUACAGAGUGACUUAUGUGCCUACCACGGAUAGCGGCAAUCGCAAACAUAUAGAUGUCAGCCGGUUGGUUGACUAG